AUGAGACCGCUUCAUAUAGCGGCGGAGUAUGGGCACGUCGACAUGGUCGAACAGCUGCUCAAAGGCGGCUGCAACGAGGACGCCAAAAGCGACAAGACUGGAGAGACGCCCCUCCACAUCGCAGCGAAGUGUGGUCGAGUGAAGGUCGUGAGGAAGCUGAUCAACUGGAACUGCCACAAGGAGAUAGAGACGAAAGAGGGCCUGAGACCACUUCACACGGCGGCCGAGCAUGGGCGCGAAGAUGUGGUCGAUGCGUUGAUCCAAGCUGGGUGCCAGCAGGAAGCCACAACAAAGAUGCAUCGAGAGACCGCGCUGCACGUAGCAGCAAAAAGCGGCAAGAACGCCGUGGUAGAGCUCUUGCUGGACAUUACGCGACCCGACAAGGCAGCUGCAGAUGUAGAAGGCAGAUCGCUGCUUCAUCUAGCAGCUUCAGAGGGUCACGCAGAAGUCGUCGACUUGUUGCUGGCGGCGGAAUGGGAUCAGGACGCAGUAGACUUGGAAGGUGGGACACCUCUGCACUUGGCUGCCUCGGAGGGCCACGAGCACAUUGUCGCGAAGCUACUGGAGCACCCGAAUCGCCCGUGCCAGAAAGAAGCCACGGACGAGAAGGGGAGAACGCCGCUUCACUUGGCAGCUGAAUGCGGCCACCAUAAUGUGGUGAGACAGCUUCUGCUGGAUUAUGAUUGCGACAAGGAUUCCAGAGACGUUCAGGGGAGCACGCCGCUGCACAGCGCGGCAUCAAGGAAUCGCUUGCCGGUGGUGGAGCUCCUCCUGAGCGAUGGGUGCGACCAGGAAGCCACGGAUGCUGAGCGCAGAACUCCCCUGCACAUGGCAGCAUUGGCGGGCUGCAAAGACAUUGUGGAGCUGCUGUUGCAGAAGAACAGCGACCAGGAGGCAAUUGACCAUGAAUGUAGAACGCCUCUUCACUUGGCAGCUUACGGAGGAUGCAGGGAUGUCGUGCAGUUCCUGAUGAAGAAAUUCAGCACCAAGGAGACGAAGGAUGAUCAGGGUAGAACUCCACUGCAUCUGGCAGUCCUCAAGGGCAGCCUUCCCGUGAUCCAACUUCAUAUAGACGAACACUGCAACAAGGAAGCUCAAGACCACAAAGGUAGAACACCUCUGCACAUAGCAAGCUUCAUCAACGCAGACAAAGAUGUGGUCCAUCUCCUGCUCGAGAGUCAAUGCGACAAGGAAGCCAUGGAUAAGGAGGGUAAGACGCCACUGCAUCUGGCAGCUGCAGCGUGCCUUAGAGACGUGGCCGAGCUCUUGCUGGGGAAGGGCAGCAACAAGGAAGUUGGGGACAAGAAAGGUCGGACACCUCUUCACAUUGCAGCGAUCGAAGGGAGCAGGGAUGUGGUGGACCUGCUGCUCCGAAAACGUUGCAACCAGGCUGCAACAGACAGGAAAGGCUGGGCACCAGUGCAUCAUGCAGCAAGGGAGGGAAAGCUCGAAGUGGUGAAGCUCCUGGUGGCGGAAAUGACGAAGGAACCUACCAACGGAGAACGCACGACACCACUGCAUUUGGCUGCACAAGAGGGCCAUAACGACGUGGUGAAGCUGCUCCUGGUCACAGACUUCACCUUCAAGGAUUCUGCGGACAAGAAUGGCCAAAUCCCUUUACACUUGGCAGCAUUCGGGGGCCACCAAGAAGUUGUGAAAUGUCUCCUGGACGGUGGCUGCAGCAAGGACAUCAGAGACAAACAUGGCAACACACCGCUGCAUUGUGCAGGGCAAUCAGCAUGGCGCGAUCUUCUGGACUUCAUGGUAUGUCACGGUUGCAACCAGGAUCUGAAAAACGCUGCAGGACUUCGGCCAGAAGAGGUUAUGCAGGAUGCAUUGUUUAGAAGAAGGUCGCCAAGAGGUCGGCCCGCAACGGCUAUGUACCAACCCUUGGCGGAGGACCACUGGCCAGAAGCCUCUCGUACGAAAAACUACGAGGGGGGCUAUGAUCUGUUUGAUCCACACGGCCUCGUCGACUUCCUCGUAAAUGCCGACGUUCGCCUGGUGCGCUUGGAGUACUUGGUCGAACUUCUUGAGUCAAGCAAGGCUUUGCCUCGGCGUCAAGAGGCCGAGGAAGAGAAGACCAGCAUGGAUGCGCCGGCCCUCGUUGCUCCCAGCGAGCUGCGGCAGGUGGACGUCAACCCCGAGACUUUCCACGCAUCGAUCAUGGUAAAAGAUCCGACUCCGCGGCGGCUCACUGUUCGCUUCGUGUCUAUCAGCCACGUAUGGGAGAGCAGGGAGCAUCCGGAUCCUUGGAGAUUUCAGCUGCAGUCCGUGGUCGACAAGUACCGCCUUCGCCUCCUGGACUCGGUGGUGUGGAUAUUCUUUGACUUUCUCUCGCUGUACCAGUACGAAAGAGACGAGGCUCAGGACCGAGUUUUCCGGCUGGCACUCCAAGGGAUGCACCUGCUCUACUCCCACGAGGCGGUGGAAGUCCAGAGGAUCGAGGCCCUCGCUUCCAAAGAAGUUAGGGAUGACUGCCUGGCGAGGAAUGGUUCACUCAUCCCGGUGUACUGGGAGGAUGAAAAGAAGGUGACGGACGUCCCCAUCGAUCAGCUAAAGUUGAAUGAAACGCCGUAUAGCCUCCGGGGGUGGUGCCAAGCAGAGACACAGUGGGCAGCUCUCAGAACUUCGAUGAAGGACGAGUGUCCCGUGCCACUCCCACCUCACAUCUUCCGAGAAAGAAUGAAGAGGUUGCUGUUCACCCACCGAGAAGACUCAGACACUGUCUUCGAACUUCAUGAUAUGCUCUUUCGGCAUAAGGCCGCCACCACCACGCAGCUGCUUGUAGCAGGCCUGAGUGUCGAGAGGAUUGCGGAUCUAACUGCAGCUUUGCCUUUCUACUCGGAGCUGCAAGAAUUGGUGCUGACAGUGACGACAGAGCAUGUUGCAUGGAAGGCAGCCGCGGCUGUAGUGGAGUCCGGCGCUUGUGACGUCCAGAUCGAGUGCAACAACUUCGGAGAUGAGGAGGCCAUCUGUUUGUCCGAGGCUUUGUCGAACGAGCGGUCGCAACACUUGGAACGGCUUCACCUGAUUUGCGACUGCCUUAGCGAAUUGGGCCAGAAGGCCCUGGAGCGAUUGACGGAGCGUCGAAGGGGGACUGUGCGACUGUCCUGUCAUCUCGUGAUCGAAAGCAAAGACCGCAACCGGGGCUAUGGCUAUGGCGGACAUGAGUCCAGACGAGCCCAGCCUCAGCAGACGAGCACAACUCUUCGCGUCUUGGUCCACAGACGUAGAACCUGA